UUGAUAAUCUUAAUUCUGUGGUGAUGACUCCACCUUAGGAGAAUUACUUGCUGCUGCUUCUGUUUCACGUCACACUUCUUCUCUCUCUCACUCUUGUCUUUAAAUAUGAUCCACAACUAGCUAUAGUCAAAACUCAUAACACCCUAUAUACUUCAUACAUAUCUUCUAUCUAUUAUAUACUUGUUCGUUGUUAGUACUUAUCGGCAUGGCGGAUAAUAAUGAAGGUGAUAAUAGUUUACCCCCUGGAUUCCGAUUUUACCCUUCUGAUGAAGAUCUUGUUGUUCAUUUCCUUCGUCGUAAAGAUCAUGAUCAUAGCAGUAUCUUACCUUUUCACCCUCGUGUUAUUCCUGAUCUUGAUCUUUACCCUUACAAUCCUUGGGAACUACAAGGAAAAGCAUUGGAAGAAGGAGACAAAUGGUAUUAUUAUAGUAGAAAGAUUCAAAAUAGGGUAACAGAAAGUGGAUAUUGGAACCCAAUGGGAAUGGAUGAGCCUAUAAUAUCAAGUUCAAGCAAGAAAAUAGUUGGUAUGAAAAAAUAUUAUGUAUUCCAUAUUGGUGAACCACCUGCAGGGGUUUGGACCAGUUGGAUAAUGCAUGAAUAUAGGCUUCCUGAUUCAGGAUCCACCAGUAGAUCCACUUCUAGAAAGACUAGAGGACAUCCUAAGCUAGAUUAUAAUAAAUGGGUGAUUUGUAAGGUGUACGAGCAAAGAAACGAUGAUGAUGAUGGUGAUAAUGAUACAGAGCUUUCAUGUUUGGACGAAGUUUUCUUAUCAAUGGAUGAUUUGGAUGAAAUUAGCUUGCCAAAUUAAGUGUAAUUAAAGAGAAUCUCACUCUAUAAUUUGUUAGUUCACUAGAUGAGAAAAACCUAAGCUCAUAGUCAUAGUUCACAAAAUUAUUGUAGAACCAAAUGUGACAAACUCCCAAUGUAAUACUUCUUUAUCUAAUCAUCAUAUUAUUGGUAUAUUAUUAUUAUUAGUAGUAGAGCGAAUUCAGAAUACUAGUAUAGUACAGAUGAGACAUACGUACAAUCAUUAUUGCAUGCAUGUGAACUCAACCA